GGAGGAACCCUAGGUGGUUUUUGACUUCCUCUCCGCGGAUCGAUCAGAGGUAUGGAUCCUCGCUCCAGCGCUGCGAUCGAUUACGGCUGCACUGUCCCCGCUCUGUAUCGCUACUCGGAUCCACUGUUGGUGUAGCGGUGCUCUCCAUCGGUGGAUUUGAAGCAAGCAAUGGACAAGAAAAGGAGUGGCAAUGGCGGAGGUAGCGGAGCCGCGGGCAAGAGGCAGCGACUGAUCGAUGGAAGGAGGCCUUCCAGGUUCGUAUUCUUCGCGGCAGGGAUUUGGAAGGAUUUCCCCGUGGAAAUUAGCGCUGCUCUGUGCGAGGCCUACCGCGCCGGCAGGGAAAUCGCGGAGAUUUUCUUUGCGAGCUGUCAUCUGGCGGUGUUCUUCGCGCAUAUGAUCCAGCUAAACACCGGGACUGGAUACAGGAACUCGAUCGGUUGGUUUGACAGCGAUGGAGAGUUUUCCAGCCCGAUCCAGCCAUUCGAGGGCCCUGGAUCGGUCGACGAUGUGGAGAAGCUCCUUGGCGGUGGAAAGGCUUCCUUGAGUGCACGGCAAGGAAGCUCGAUCUCUACCACCGACACGGACGCGGCUUGUUCCGCCGUGGAAGACGAGGGUGGCGAAGUGGAAGACGUGACUUCUAGCCGCAGCAAGCUCGCCAAUCUCGUGGUUUCCAGCGGUGGCAGGCUCGCGAAGCUCGAGGCUGGCGAUCCAAAACUCGUCGACGUCAAAGCAGCGUUUCUAGCGGGGCUCGGGCGACUGUCGGUGGUGGCCGAUGUUACUUCGGUGUGCAAAGUUCGUUACGACUGUCCUGGCGGUCAGGCUCGCCGAGAAGCGUUUGAGACGCUCAGCGAUCUCACGGCCAAGGUGCGAGGCGGGGAUGCGAAUUUGCAGCAGGCUUGGUACGGGUGUUCUCGAAACGAGCUUCUGAGUGUCAUCAAGCAUGGUUUUGGACGUCCGUCGGUGGACUCCACCUACGGUGUGGGGAUAUAUCUUAGUCCGGAGAGUCUCUCUCGCCUGAGUUGCAGAGGCGCGGAUAUUGACGAAAAUGGCGAGCAGCAUGUCUUGCUGUGCCGUGCGAUUCUUGGCAAAGCUGAGCUUGUGCGAGCAGGGAGCAAGCAGUUCCAUCCAUCCAGCGAUUUGGUUGACACCGGUGUUGACAAUCUGGCGAAUCCGAAACGCUUCAUUGUGUGGAGCACACGCAUGAACACGCAUAUUCUGCCGCUCUACGUUGCCAGCUUCAAGUUUCCACGCAAGUGGCACGGUAUUAUGGAGGCAUCAGCCAAGUGCAGCAACUCUUCCGAGAUCAAGGAGAAAGUAAUCGCACCGAAGCAGUCAAGUGUGACGGUGCCCAUGCUGUUCUCGGUGCUCAAGCCCGAGCUUUCCUCGUCGGAGAUGAAUAUAGUAGUCCAGGAUUACUUGGAGCUCAAGAAUGCUAAGAUCUCCCGCGAGGAAUUUCUGAAACGGGUGAGGACUCUCAUUGGUGACGAGAAGCUGAAAAAAAUCCAGGAGCAAGUCUUUCGAAGCAGCGUCCUUUGUGGCUUCCUGAUAUGCCAGAGCCAGAACAAGCUUGCGGAGCAUCAGGCUCACAGCGGUGCGAAGAUCCACAUCUAAGAUCCAAAGCAGAGCUAAGUUGCAAAUUUCCAUUUGCUUUCUCCAUGUUGUUAUGUUGUUUUGUCCACCGUCUGCUGUUUUCAGCGUUUAGCUUGAAGACACUCUCAUCCUUCUGCUCCUUUGUCUUAUCUCUUCAUCACUAUAUGAGGUA